UAAUAGAACGCAGACAGACAUGAGACAGACUAUCCCCAACAUUGUCUGCGGCUCCAGCCCACCAACUAGAUGCAGCAUGCUGAGUGGAAGUGCUUGUGGGCUGGCAUCCGACAGUGGCAUGUAUCCCAAGGAUUUGAACACCCAUUACGCUCUAUCCACUCCACCAGAUGAGGAUGGGCCCCUGAAUUUGUCUAAACCCCGACCUGAGCAGUGUAAACCUGAUGUUCAGUCAUGGAAGAGCUCUCUAGACCGGGCCAGCUGGGAAGACAAUCACAGAAGCAGCAAAUGUGUGCCUGGCACCCCACCUCCGGCUCAUGCCAACUACGCCAGAAGGUCAGUCCUCAGCAGUGUCAGCCCAGAAGCCGCCACUUCCACAUCAGCCCACAGAGCAAGACCCAGUCCCUCGCCACCACACCAGCACUCUCCUCUCCACAACCUGUCACCCUCUCCGCUGCAAGGCUCAGGGUCUAGCCACGUGGCCGAUGUCUCCAUGCUGAUAGCCAUGAGGCAGAACCCAUUCGCCCUGCAGGCUCAGUACAUGGCCAACCCAUUUAUGUCUCUCCCAUCAGCUUUCAAUCUUGGGGGACUCGCUGCAUUGACGUCCGCACAUCCAGCCAUCUCUGGUGCCUCAGCCGUAUCAGAGACUGAGAAGGAGAACUACAUUCAGAAGCUGCUUGCCCGUCAGAUGGCAGCAUGUGUCAGCGGCCCAGUUUUCCCUGGGCUUAGCCAUCAUUUCCCUAUGUACAACACGGCCCCACCCACAUCUAUCACCCCCCUCUCCCAGAUGUCCGGCGGCAAAGACUGCCCCUCAUCCACUCCGGCUGCUGCCUCCGAGGAGAACCAGGGAAAUUAUGUUCAGCAGUUACAAAGGACAAAUCAGGACCCAGGCAGACCACACAUCAAGCGGCCAAUGAAUGCCUUCAUGGUGUGGGCUAGGGAGGAGAGGAGAAAGAUACUCAAGUCAUGUCCAGACAUGCACAACUCCAACAUCAGCAAAAUAUUAGGUGCCAAGUGGAAAGGCAUGUCCAAUGCAGAUAAGCAGCCAUAUUAUGAAGAGCAGUCCAGACUGAGCAAGCUGCACAUGGAGAAACAUCCUGAUUAUCGCUACAGGCCGCGUCCCAGGAAAAAUGGAAGGGUGAAAAAGAUGUUUUCUGACACAAAAGGGCCCCCAUCCCUUGCAGGCAGUGAUUUGGGCCCCACAGUGGCCAAAGCUCUUCCCAUGUCACUGGAUCACCAGCCUCUUGUGAUUGGGGCACUCUACCCAAAUCUUCAUCUACCCAGUUCCUUGCCUCAUCAAAGGCCUCGACCAAAACGCACAUGCAUUGUGGAUGGGAAGAAACUGCGAAUCUCUGAAUACAAGGCUCUCAUGAAGAACCGCCGCCAUGACAUACGGCAGUUGUGGUAUGGGGACAGUAGCAACAAUUACCCUGCAGAUGGUGACCAAGAGGAGGACAACGCCUAUCACAUGAGCUAUGAUCCUAACCUGAUCCAAGAAGAUACCAGCUCACCAUCACACAGCCCCAAAGAUAACACCAGCAUGUUCUCCCAGUUCCACCCUAGGGACCGAUCAGUGUCCCCCGGCAACAUGUUUGAUGAUGAUGCAAACAACAACAACAACAACAAUGCUGAGGAUAACAUUAACAGCAACAGCAAAACCAACUGUGGCAGCAACAGCGAGCUGAACUUUAUAAAAGACAACAAAUUCCCUGCCUGUUUUCCACUAAACCACUUCCUGCAGCAGAAAAGUCAACACGGGCAACAACAACAACAACAGCAACAACAACAACGCCAUCCUUUUGCCUUAGCAUCCUCUCCAUCUUCCAAAUCUGAAGCCAUGACCUUUCCCAAACUCACGUCUGCUGCCGAUAAACGGGCUACACCUCAGGAUUUAUCCAGCCUUCACUAUCCAGCCCAGCCCAUUCUCAGCAUGAGGGAUUCGGAUGACAGAAUCCAUCACAGGAGGGAUUCGGAUGACAAACAUAUCAGCCUGAGGGAUUCGGAUGACAAAAUCCAUAUCAGCGUGAGAGAUUUGGAUGAUAAAAAUCGAAACAUCAGGGAUUCAAACGACAAGCUAGACAUUGAUUCUCAUGUCAUUAAGCUAGAAUCAGUUUUCCCACAUAUGAAACGUAUGCCUCAAGUCCAAGGAGCUUCAUAA